GGCCGCCGCCUGGUAGUCCGGCGAUUCAUUUCUUGCUCGGCCUCCUGGAGCUGUGGUCUGUGUGGGCUUCCACCUCAGACACCUGCGCUGGCUCAGCGGGGCCGGAACAUGGCUGCGUCGGGUCUGGAUCAUCUCAAAAAUGGCUACAGAAGAUUUUGUCGACCUUCCAGGGCACGUGACAUUAACACAGAGCAAGGCCAGAAUGUUCUGGAAAUCUUACAAGACUGUUUUGAAGAAAAAAGUCUUGCCAAUGAUUUUAGCACAAAUUCUACAAAAUCAGUGCUUAAUUCAACACGCAAAAUAAAAGACACUUGUGUUCAGUCACCAAGCAAAGAGUGCCAGAAAUCACAUCCAAAGUCAGUUCCACUUUCUUCAAGGAAGAAAGAAGCCUCUCUGCAGUUUGUUGUAGAACCAAGUGAAGCCACCAACAGAUCAGUUCAGGCCCAUGAAGUUCGUCAGAAAAUUCUGGCAACUGAUGUUAGUUCCAAAAAUACACCUGACUCGAAAAAAAUGUCAAGUAGAAACAUAAAUGAUCAUCACAGUGAAGCUGAUGAAGAAUUUUACUUAUCUGUUGGCUCACCUUAUGUUCUUUUGGAUGCAAAAACAUCUGUAUCGCAAAAUGUUAUUCCAUCUAGUGCCCAAAAGAGAGAGACUUACACUUUUGAAAAUUCAGUAAAUAUGCUGCCUUCAAGUACAGAGGUUUCACUUAAAACCAAAAAAAGGUUAAACUUUGAAGAUAAAGUUAUUUUAAAGAAAAUAGAAAUAGAUAAUAAAGUAUCAGAUAAAGAGGAUAAAACAUCAGAAGGACAAGAAAGAAAACCAUCAGGAUCAUCUCAGAAUAGAAUACGACAUUCAGAAUAUGAAAUUUAAUGACAAGCUAAAAAAAGUUUUUCAACAUUGUUUUUAGAAACAGUAAAACGAAAAAGUGAAUCCAGUCCCAUUGUUAGGCAUGGAGGAAUUGCUCCACCUCAUUCGUGUCCUCCCGAUGAUAUGAAGUUGAUAGAGGAUGAAUUUAUAAUUGAUGAGUCAGAUCAAAGUUUUGCCAGUAGAUCUUGGAUUACUAUACCAAGAAAGGCGGGGCCUCUGAAACAACGCACCAUAUCCCCGGCUGAGAGCACUGCACUCCUUCAAGAUAGAAAGUCAAGAGAAAAGCAUCAUAAUAUAUUAGCUAAGACUUUGGCAAAUGACAAACAUUCCCAUAAACCUCACCUAGUAGAGACAUCUCAGCCCUCUGAUAAAACAGUACUGGAUACAAGUUAUGCUUUGACAGGUGAAACAGAAAAUGACUGUAGAUCUACAAAAUAUGAAAUGUAUUCCAAGAAUGCAGAAAAAUCAUCUAGAAGCAAAAGGACUAUAAAACAAAAACAGAGAAGAAAAUUUAUGGCUAAACCAGCUGAAGAACAGCUCGAUGUGGGACAGACUAAAGAUGAAAACAUACAUAUGUCACAUAUUACCCAAGACAAAUUUCAAAGAAAUUCAGACAGAAAUAUGGAAGAGCGUGAAGAGAUGGGAAAUGAUUGUGCUUCCAAAAAACAGAUGCCACCUGUGGGAAGCAAGAAAAGUAGCACUAGAAAAGAUAAGGAAGAAUCUAAAAAGAAGCGCUUUUCUAGUGAGUCCAAGAACAAACUUUUGUCUGAAGAAGUGACUUCAACUGUCACGAGAAGUCGAAGAAUUUCCAGGCAUCCGUCUAAUUGGUGGGUGGUAAAAUCAGAGGAGAGUCCUGUUUAUAGCAAUUCUUCAAUAAGAAAUGAAUUACCACUGCAUCCCAACAGUAGGCAAAAAUCUGCUAAGAAAACAAAUCAGUCAUCUAAGAAUAUUGGGAAAAAAACUAUUCCACUUAAAAGGCAGAAGACAGCAACUAAAGACAGCCAAAGGGUACAGAAGUUUUUAAAUGCUAAAGGUUCUGGAUGUAUCAUUGGUCAUGAUGAAAUUUCCAGUUGUUUGCUGAGUGAGCCAUUGGAAAGUGAUGAGGCAGACUUGGCUAAGAGGAAAAAUCUGGAUUGUUCUAGAUCUACAGGAAGCUCAAAGAAUGAAGAUAAUAUUAUGACUGCACAGAAUGUUCCCCUAAAGCCUCAGACCAGUGGAUAUAUAUGUAAUACACCAACAGAGUCAAACUUGGAUUCUGGAGAGCAUAAGACUUCAGUUUUAGAGGAAAGUGGACCUUCCAGGCUCAAUAAUAAUUAUUUAAUGUCUGGAAAGAAUAAUAAUGAUGUGGAUGAUGAGGAAGUUCCUGGAAGUUCAGAUGACUCAAAACGAUCUAAAGUGAUACCAAAGAACAGAAUCCAUCACAAACUAGUAUUGCCCUCCAACACACCAAAUGUUCGCAGGACCAAGAGAACACGUUUGAAACCUUUGGAGUACUGGCGAGGACAGCAAAUAGAUUAUCAAGGAAGGCCAUCAGGAAGAUUUGUGAUUAGUGGAAUACUAUCUCCAGGCAAAAUAUCGUCUAAAAGGAAGGCAAGAGAAAAUAUUGGAAAAGUCGACAAAAAAUCUAAUAAGAAAAGGAUCUGUCUUGAUAACGAUGAAAGAAAGACUAGCUUAAUGGUAAAUCUAGGUAUACCUCUUGGAGAUCCUUUGCAGCCAGCAAUGGUAAAGGACCCAGAAACAAGAGAGAUUAUUCUCAUGGAUCUUGUAAGGCCACAAGAUACAUAUCAAUUUUUUGUUAAGCAUGGUGAGUUGAAGGUAUAUAACACAUUGGAUACACCCUUUUUUUCUACUGGGAAAUUGGUAUUAAGACCACAAGAAGAAAAGGGAAAGCAGCAUGUUGGCCAGGAUAUAUUGUUUUUUUAUGUUAACUUUGGUGACCUUUUGUGUACUUUACACGAAAUACCUUAUAUAAUAAGUACUGGGGAUUCGUUCUAUGUUCCUUCAGGUAACUAUUAUAACAUCAAAAAUCUCCUGAAUGAGGAAAGUGUUCUUCUUUUUACUCAGAUAAAAAGAUGAAAGAUCAACCAACCUUAAAUAUAUGUGUGUAUAUAUGUAUAUGUGAAAA